CUUCCCUCUUGAAAAUCUUUUGCGAACAAUGACUGGUUGGUUUUGUUAUUCGCUCGAGAAGACGUUGAAGAAUGUGAUAUAAUUUUGAGUUGAUAUUUUGAGAAAAUUCUAAGUGUAAAUCCGAAGUUUUAAAAUGGGGAAAAGAGAUACACGAUAUGCAUUUAUGAAUCCCAUUGCAAUGGCCAGAGCACGAGGACCUAUAUCUAGUAGUGGGCCUUCAAUUAGAGAUUAUUUAAAUAGAGAGCGUCCUUCAUGGGAAGAAGUGAAAGAAAUUCUUCAGAAAAAGAAGGAAGGUUCAAGAACACUUGCAGCAUGGGAAGAAAAAAUGAAUGAAAAAUUUAGAGAAGAGCUGAGAUAUAACAGAGAAAAGGCAUUUGGAGAAAGUUCACAGUAUGAGACAAAGAAAUCAAAGAAACGUCACAAAAAAAGGUUGUCAAGCUCUUCAUCUUCAUCUUCAUCUUCAUCUAGGUGCUCAGAUUCAUAUAGUUCUGAGGAUGAGUCUCAUAGUUACGAACAUAAGCACAAGAAGUCAAAGCAAAAGAAGCAUAGCAAAAGUUUCCAUGAACACAGGAAGUCAGAUAGUGAUUCAUUCAAACACCUGAAAAAGAAGAAAAAGCACAAAAAAGACAAAUAAUUUGUAAAAUAUCACUUCAUUGUUUUUGAAUUCAUUCUGAACAAGUUAUAUUUGGCUGCGAGAUAAAUGUUAAACACAGAAAAUUUCAGUCAUUGAAUUGUAAAAUUUUUCUGAGUUGUCUUUUUUUAAACAUUUUAUGUGUCAGAGUAUUGUAUUUACAUUUCAAAAAAACCAACAGCCAUUUUUUAAUAUAUACAACGUGAUAUAUUUCACGAGUUAACACAAAUUAUGUCAAGUUGCAGAAGUGUAAAUUUAUUGUAAUUAUAAAUACUACUUGUAUAAUAAAUAAUUUGUAGCUUAUGCCA